AUGCUCCUCGGAUAUCAAUUAAUUUCUGACAGGUCCGUCUUUUUCUACUAUGCCUAUCGCAUAGACACUCUGGCCGGUUCGGCUUCACUUGGCAUCGCUGAGGGAUGCCCUGUUAGUGGUCCAAAAGGCGUUUGCUACUUUGAUGAGUUUGUGAAGUGGAUCCAGCAGAGAAGAUACCCUUGGACGGGUCAAACUUCUGUCGGGCAGAACUUGGAUCCUGAUGUCGACACUGCGGCUCAAGAUUUGAGAACGUCAGGCACAGAGGGGACUUCCUCACGUUGCUCCAAUAAAUACGAUUUCAGCAAGGUCUUUCCAGAGAUCUACCCAGAAGGUACAAGUCCAUCUUAUCAGGAAGUCAUGAGGACCCUGGUCAGAUCAAUUCAAGCCCAACGCUCAGCAUUUGGCGAUGACAAGCUUACUUCUCAGCUUGAGAAAGCUCGUCGGGCAUUUGGCCUCACUUAUGAAGCAAGAAUUGGGGAUAUGACCAAUGGUCUUAUUAGGGAUGUGAACAACAUGCUCGGAAAAAAUGGUAUCACUUGGACUUGCGUCACAUUUGAGCAAGAGCUCCUCAACGGGUACACCAUCCAAAUGAUUGACACGAAGGCCACAAUUGAUGCCCACCCUGAACUAAAAGGCUCAGAUUUCGAGACUGCGAUUUUGGACACGAUUGAGGAUUAUGACCAUGCAAGAAGCGCUGGCAGAACCCAUUACAAUAUCGUUGCGGCGGCACUCCAAGCCUAUCAAAACCUACUUCGAGGUCCCUGUACUAGUGCUUAA